UAAAACUUGGAAAAAAGAAAGAAAAAAUAAAAAAAAUUGAAGAGAAAAGGCAGAGACCCCCUCCCCUCGUGCAGCAAUCAAUAUGAGUACAGCGGCCAUGGAAGCUCAAUUUCACGGCGAGGAAUUCGCCGUCGGCUGCGUACUAUCAAUCAAAACCACCCUCGGCGAGGAAUUUCAAGCCCAAGUCAUUGCCUUCGACCGCCCCUCCAACCUCCUCAUUCUUCAAGAAGGGGCGAAAUCUGGGGGAGGAGCGAGAAAGGAUAUUAGGUUAAUUAAGGCGAAUUACAUAAAGGAAUUCAGCUAUUUAGGUCAAGGCGAUGAUCCACUUGAUGUGAAGAGGUGUUUCCUUGAUCUCAACUCUCUUCAAGCUAGAGAAGAGUCUGCUAUUAGACAAGCGGAGGCCGACGCAGAGAGGAUUGGGGUUGGUGUUACACCCGAGGCGCAGAGUCUUUUCGAUGCUCUCUCGAAAACGCUACCAGUUCGUUGGGACAAAAGCACCAUAGUUGUAAUGAACGAGGUGCGUGUUAGCAGCCCUUAUCUCCCUGAAUCUGUUCUCGGAGGAACACCUGCUGCCAAUGAUCGUGUCCGAAAAGUGCUGGAGUUUGAGAAGAAGAGGUUGCAAUCUCGCUACGGUGGUCUGUGAUGGCGUAAAAGCUUAUGACUUUUCUUUACGCAAAUUUCUAAUUUCUUUACGUAAAAGAGUGUUAGAGAUAUGUAUGGGAAAGAACGAAUGGCCUUUUGAGUUUGUAACGAACCUCAAUGGACUAGUAAGUUCUAUCGAGAUUCAUCGGAUUUUCUUAAUUUUUACGAAAAAUUAUGAAGAUUUAUUAUGGUUCUUGUUUCUCUGA